UGCCGUGGGCGACGGUCGGAGCAGCAGCCCUGGUCCAUCGCGCGUGCAGAGAAGAAACCAUACGAUGCGGCUUGGACUUCUCGUCCUCCUCAGCCUCGCGCUUUGCGCCGCACAAACGUCUGACAAUCAGAGCCACGCCUACUUUCCAGCUCCGUAUUUUGACGAAGGAGAAAACUUGAGUAGCCAGAACUGUGGAAACGAAACAAAUUGGCGGAAAUGGAAGAACGUGUUGGUUGAAAUUAAACGUGCUGGUUAUUUUUGCAUGGCACCAUUAAUAAUUAUUUCUCAAAGAUCUAUACUUGGAUUGGGUCAUUGCCGCCGUGGGUUUACAAGUGCUAGUGAUCUACGGGUAUUUCCGUAUAAUUGUGGUGGUCGCACAACAGAAGAGGAAUGCAUCAGACAAUCCGUCAAAGUACUGGAUGUAAUUGAAAUUGCCAUAAAUCUGACAGCUUCUAAAACACUCAUGAUUUAUAUAACUGAGAAAAUGCCGAGUGAGGUCGUAGCUCCCAUUUGUUUGUUUAACCGUGACAACGUAAUGGACUUGAAACUUCAAACAGAAUCAUCCUACUUUGAAUGGCAUUCAUUGUUGAGUGUGCCACCCAAUGAAGGAAUAAAGGCGGUCCUAAGCAACUGUAGCAGGGUUCUAAACAGGACUGAAUUGGAACAUUUGAAAACUAAUAGAAUUCCCAUCCAGAAUAUCCUGUGUGUCGAGAAUGGCACUAAUUUUAAUAAAUAUCUCAUCAAUUUCUACAAAGGCCGUUAUUUCUUGAGAGGUAUUAGAUAUUAUGGUUUGGAACGAAUACCUGUAUAUUUGGAUAUAUUGGCAUACAUGGACGAGAUCACAAGGCACGCAAAAGACAUUUAUGCUCUACGCCCGAUCCCGCAGACAAAACAACCGAGAGGAUUCACCGCGCCAGACAACCUCAGUUUCCCAAACUGUGGAAGUAAUCCGACGUCAACAAGAAGGAAACGAGGAAAUGACGAUUCUUCCGAAGAAUCAAAAGGGACCAAAUUUAUUUUACACGGAACAAUAGCUCAGAGAGGCAACCACCCAUGGCAUGCUUUCAUUAAGAAUUCUGAAACUAGAACAACCUGUGGCGGGACACUGAUUUCACCCACAGUUGUUUUGACUGCCGCACAUUGCAUCGAUGAAUCAGAAGCAGAGGACUUCAUAGUUACUAUCGGGAUGUAUGAUAGAAGACAAAGAACAGCUCCUGGUGUCCAGAGAAGAUUGGUCCGAAGUCUGACCGUGCACCCGAAAUAUAACGACACAGAAACCAAAAGCGACGUCGGUAUAAUGAUUUUGAGUGAAAAAAUUAGCAUAACCGCCCACGCCCGACCAAUUUGCCUGUGGAACGAGGACUCCAACUUGACUAGAGUGGCUGGAACUGAAGCUAUGGCUGUUGGGUUCGGGCUUGUCGACAACCACACGCGCACAGAUGAACUGCAAGAGGCUCGACUGCCGAUUAGAGAUCACAAAGAGUGCUACUUGUCAAGCAGGAGGUUUUUCGCGAAACAUUUAAGGCCGGGAGACAAUUUUUGCGCCGGUUACACGAACGGAACGACCACCUGCAACGGGGACAGCGGAGGCAGCCUUUCCGUGGAAAAAGACGGCCGUUGGUUCAUCAGGGGCAUUGUCAGCUUCGGAAAAUCAAAAAAAGUGAAGUUAGUGGACGGCAAUGAAGCAUGGUACUGUCACCAAAAUUACUAUUCUUUGUUCGCUGACGUCGCAAGUUACAUGGACUGGAUCGUGGAAAAUACGCCGGAAAUUUCAUUCCGAAAUUAAAUGUGGGGUUUUGAAACAAAAAGGUGUUUUAGCAAAAAGGGAAUUAAUAGUUAAUCAUUAGAAAAAUGUAGAUAGCAGACAGCAUUAUCUCUUAUCAAAAUAUAUUUUUACUGUCUUUUCUAAAAAAA